CGGGCGCCGGACCCCCAGGUGGAGCGACAGGUCUCGGGCCCUCAGGCGGAGCGACAGGUCUCAGGCCCCCAGGCGGGGCGGCGGGCGCCAGACCCCCAGGCGGAGCGGCGGGCGCCGGACCCCCAGGCGGAGCGACAGGUCUCGGGCCCCCAGGCGAAGGCGGCGGCGGGCACCGAGUCACCAGGCACAGACACGGGCACCGCGUCAUCUGGCAAGGCAGUGGGCUCCGAGUCAACCGGUAUGACCGCGGGCACUGGGUCAGACAUUGGAUCGUCUGACUGGACAGCGGGCAUCGGGUCACCAGGCAUCAAGUCAUUUGGCUCGACAGCGAGCACCGCGUCAUCUGGCAAGGCAGUGGGCUCCGAGUCAACUGGCAUGACCGCGGGCACUGGGGCAGACAUUGAAUCGUCAGGCUGGACAGCGGGCAUCGGGUCACCAGGCAUCAGGUCAUUUGGCUCGACAGCGGGCACCGCGUCAUCUGGCAAGGCAGUGGGCUCCGAGUCA